CUGCACGAGACGUAUUCUACCUUACUGAAGUGAUAAACGCUAGAGAAAUAUGGAGAACAAAAAUACUACCACUCUUACUGAACAGAAACCAGAAUCUCCCAACUGCAAAGAGGAUUCACUUCUCCCCAUUGCUGAGAAGGGACUUUUCUUCCACGAUUCCUUCUUUGAGGAUAUUCAGAAGCAAUUUGAGACAGCCAUCGACCAAAUCCUGGAUACGUGGGGAGAAGCCAAAUCCGUGAGUGAUCUGAUGAGUAGCUACAGACAUGUAAGAGAGCGUAAUCUGCAGCAAGAGAGCCAAGUCAUGGCCUUCAGCGAAGACGACCAGAAUCACAAGGUUGUGCUGGAUGUUGAUGACUUCAAGAAUGGAGACUUUAAAAUGUAA